AUGGCAACCACGUCCACGCCUGGCGCGACGAGGUCGCUGGGUGAGGGAAGCAGUGGCCCUAGCAUCAAUGAUUGGAGCCGGCAUAGGCCGACCAUCAAACGUCUCUAUAUCAACGAGAGAAAGACGCUCAAAGAGGUCAUGGAUAUAAUGGCCAGGGACUACAAUUUCGUAGCGUCGUCCAAGAUGUAUAAGGUUCGGAUCAAGCAGUGGGGAUAUUCUAAGAAUAUCAGAACUACGACCGAGGACGUCGGGUCGCUCAUGAGCACCGUGAGCGAGACAAGACGCCCUGUCGUGCUGGCAACAGGACGCGUAGUGGACUCUCAACGGCUGGCGCUACAUCUACGACGUAAGAAAGAGACCGUCGUGCAGACUACCCAGCCGACAGCGCAGGCAAGGUGGCCCUCUUCGCCACGGCCGCCGUCCAUUAGGCCUCCGGAUGUCUUCUACAUAUCCGAAGCCGUGCUGACCCACACGCGCGGUUACAUGUACGCCCAGAUGAUAGAUGCGGAUUUCGUUUUGGGCCGCACCGCCCACCCGGAUUCGAAACAGGUAACCGACUCCAUGCAUCUCCUGAGGGAUCUUGUCCGGGACGAGAAGAUGGACGAGGCCGUUGUUCUCCUGAGACAAGUUCCAGGUCAGAUAAAUGCCCUGCUUCGCUACGAGCCUCCUCAGAUUCUCAACAGAAUAUUCCUCAUGGCUGUCCACCUCUUGAGCGUCCCCGGGCAAAAAGAGCGUGUUGGGAGGAUCAUCAAGGCGCUGGUGAACUACGCCGCAGCCGCAGCCGCUGAGCCAAAUUUGUCUCUCAAGGGCGCGCCAGAAUGCGCCGUGAACUUCCCUAGGUGGCUGGACCUGGGCGAGUCGGCGGGCUAUGAUGCCCUGCCGGGUGCGUACCUCGCCGAGAGGCAGCGGGAUAUAUGCCGGCAAAAAGCAGCAGACUUCGGCGAGGGCUCGCCUGAAGCCGUCGCCGAGCUGUUCUUCCUCACCGAGUUGGAGCGGCAGAGGGUCGAGGCCCGCGGCGGAUCCAAGUAUUACCUGAAAUCCCUCCUCGUGUUGACUUUACAGCGGAUGCCGGAGGGAGAGUGCCAGAUCGCGAAGCUGAACUGCGAACUGUACAUGGCUGACAUUGCCAAGGAGGAGGGUGACAAGGAGCUCGCCGAGGCUUAUCUACGUUCUGCUAUUGAUACAAGGGUCGAGCGUGGCGGUGCAAAACCGCUCCUCUUCCAGCAACUCAUCAAGCUUGAGGGUUGGCUUAUUGAAUGGGGAGAGGAAGCAAAGGUUGCGGAGUUGCAGCCAUGGAAAGAAAGUGUCCGCGCAAGCAUGAACGACGGCAGCACUGCGUGA